GACGUCACAACCGGAAGUCCAAUCACUUCCGAGUGGAAACAACAAAAUCAAGCACUGAACCACUGUCAGUGAAAGUAGCAAGAAUGUCUAACAGAUAUGAAUGUAACGCGUUUGAAUACAAUUUUGCCAUCUUGGUAAGAAUUCCUGACAGUUUUCAGAAUAGUGCAAGAAAAUUUGAUCCCAAGGCAGAGGUUGACAUGGAAAAAGCGCGUAAAGAGCACAAAGAUCUUGUGGAGACUCUAAAAAAAUGUGAUGUGAGAACAAUUGAGCUUGAUGGGACAGAAGAAUACCCAGAAUGUCCAUUUGUUGACGACUGUGUUGUAGCUAUUGGUAAUACGGCCCUGAUAACAAGACCUGGAAGUAAAACUAGACAAGGAGAGGUUAGUGAAAUCAGACGAUAUUUACAGAGUCAGAUGAAAAUGACCAUUGUGGAGAUUAGAGAUCCUGAUGCGAUUGUGGAAGGAGGAGAUGUAUUAUUUACAGGAAAAGAGAUAUUUGUUGGUAUUGGAACUGGUAGAAGGACCAAUGAAAAGGGUGCUCAGGCUGUAGUUGAUGCCUUCCCAGAAUACAAUGUGACACCUAUAAAUGUACCAGGAUCUAGAAGACUCAAAUCUAUGCUCAGCAUGGCAGGAUGGGAUAUAAUUGCUGUUGGAAGUAGUGAAGAAGCUCUUCUAACAUUUAAGCAAAUGAAGAGUCUUGCACAGUACAAGUAUCGUAUAUUGAGACUGGACAGUGAUGAUGCAGCUAAUAUGCUGUAUGUAAAUGGUAGACUUAUACACAGAAGCAGAGAUGAAAUUGGUGAAAAAAGUUAUAGUGCUAUACAAGAUAAUUUAGACCAUAAUGGUCUGCAUCACGAAGUUACUUGUCAGGAACUUACAAAAUCAGGUGGAAAUCUCAUCCGCAGUGUCUUGUUGGUACUAGGCAAUACCCUUUAUCGAAAAAUUAUUUCCACCUUACCUUGAAAGAUACUGGAUGAAAAGAUUACAUAUGCCAAACACAAGGUUGGAUUUUGGGAGAUCAGCAAGACUGGUGGCUAUUUGUCUAGUGCUGUACUACUAAUAAACAGGAACAAAAAGCCUAAUUCUAUUGUAUCUAACAUUACCAGAGAGGAUACAACUAAUUAUUCUGAAUGGAGGGCUUUGUAAAGGGAUUUGGAAAAUUGCAGCAAUAUUUUAUAGCUAUUUUAGAUUUUUUAUGGGUCUGGCAUUUACACAUAAACAUAUGCAUACAGUAUGAUAAUUCUUGUGAAAAAAACCACAUAGGUUUUUCUUGUUCAUGAUUACUGCAAUUUUUUUUUUAAACAUAAAUUGUAAAUGUGACCUUAAUUGGAGUUAUAUUGAUUAAUUUUUUAAUAUUUUUAAAUCUUUUUUCUUGAAAGUAAAUAUUUUGUUGACUCUUUGACACAUUCUUUGUUUCCAUUUUCAAUCUAAGCGAAGAGAGUAUAGGGAUUAUACGAAUAUAUUUAUUUGGAUCUGUUUUUACUAUUUUCCAAAGGGAUUCCAUUACAACAUUUAGUUAUUUUGCAAGGAAAAUUGGUUUGGAAUUUGAUGAUUUUGAUAUAAAUCAUUCUAAUGAAACUUAUAACAAUUACAGCAAAACUAUCUUAAAAGAAUCAUUUGUUGUUGUUGUAUGUACAUAAUGAUUUAUGGUGCUAUAAAUAUCUGACAAUCUAGGAAAAAUAAAACUAUAUUUAUGUCUGCAUGAUUUUGAACAACCUGAAAUUAUAAAUAAACUAUUAAUGCUUGGUAUAUGUGUUGUCUGUGUAGAUGCCAGUAAAGUUUUAAUCAAAAUUAUGUCCUAUUCAAAAGUGGACUGGUAUCAUUUAAGAUGUAAUUCUGAUUUUAAUUUUAAUACCCAAUUUAUUUGCUUAUCACCUUAGCUAUUAUCUUUUUAAAUACUGCCAUAUCCAUAUAAUGUUAUAUUGUUUUUUAGAAUUAGAUUACAUUUUUUUUUUAGCAAAAUCAUUUUAAUGUGCAUAUUAUUUGUAUCGGCUAGAAAGACGAAAAAAUAGAGAUUUCAUUGAAAGUUUUCAAUGCUUCUAAAUAAGCACUGCUUUAGCUAUAAAAAAUAAUAUGAAACAAUUAAUAAAUUUUCAUCCAACUAUGUCAUUGACAUUCUUUUCUUAAGGUGGUGUAUAACACUACAGGGAGAUAACUGUGUAAAAUUCUUGCUCUGUUGUUAAGGAAAUAUUCAGCCUCUCAUUGAUAAAAAGAAGUGUUUAUCAAUCUGCUGUUUAUCUAAUGAACAAUUUCUUAUAAAGUGUGUGGUUCAAGUUGAUUGAAACCUUCAAAUUUUUGUCAAAGGGUAAAAUUAAAUAUUUUGUCAAAAUGUUAAGAAAAUUAAACAAACCAAAUAGACCUCUUUCGAAUUCAUCUGUCACCAGGAAAAACUUGUCAAUUAUGCAUGCUUUUAUGACAUCAUUAACCAGAUAGAAGGGAUCCCUGUAUCCCUGACCUAUUAAGCGUUUUGAUGAUCGUCAUUGUGCAGGAUAAACUAGAAAUAAUGUUUGUUGUGCAAGUACUUAAUCACAAUUCCCUAAUGACAGCAGUGCUGAUUGUCAAUUAUGAGAAUUCAAUUUGCCGAAAAAUUCAUGUAAAAUAGAAUUAUAGCUUUCCAACCACUUGCUUAAUAUUGGAACGAAGUGACAAUGCCCUAAACGCACAAAUCAUGUUCACUAAAACAAGAGUUUAUGACAGAAAUGCAUCGAACUCAAAAGUUGUCUAUUAAUUUUAGUCAAGGUGUUUGGUUCCACCUUAAAUAAAUAUAUAAUACUUUUAUACAGUAAAUUAAUCCAAGAUUGAUUAAAUCAGUAAAGUUUUUUGAAAGAAAAUUGAAAGGUCUUUGGUAAAUCAGUCUGUAUUCCUUUUGAAGAUUUUAAUAUAAUUUAUAUUUCAUGAUAUUA